AUGUCGGCUCCUCAAGACCCUAAGCCUACACAGGCAGACACCGCGCAGCCUGUUGUUUCUGGUUAUCAAGGCCCUCCUACGAAUGCUCCCAGUGGUCCGCGGAGCCAAUCCCGUAGUGGUUAUCCAGGGAACAAGUCCCACAACCAACGGCAGGGCUCUCGAAGUCCUCAUCCUUACAAUAACAACCAUCACUACCACAACAACAACGGUAACAACAGUAAUAAUUUCAGGAACAGGUCGUCUUCUAGUGGAAACGAGCGUGGCUCCUUUCGCGGGAAUUUCCGCGGUGAUCAUCGCGGUGGCCGAGGCGCUGGAGGUGGUUACAACAUCGAUAACGGAAGCCGGUACAGGUCCUCAUCGGGUGGUAGUCCCUACCCCGGCGGAUAUAGCAGCUCCGGCGGAAGUCGAUCAGGUUCUCGAGCACCACAAGAGACCGGUUUCAUCAGCGAUUUUAAUGGACGCGGUAGAGGUGGAAAUAGAGGUAACAGAGGAGGCGGUCGCGGUAAUCGCGGCGCCGGUCGUGGUGACAGCAGAGGUGGCCGCAACCAGAGUCAAGGUGAUGGAAAGCCUCGGGAGAAUGACCACUCCCCAAAACCUCCCCAAUGGAACCCUCCAAAUCGCACUGAGGAGCCUAAGGAGGCCAACGAAGAGCCGGUUAUAUCAAACCAGAUUGCCCAAGCUUCUCAACCCGCUCCCACGGAUACCUCCGUCUUAUCCAAUAUCAAUAAAUCAACAACGAGCAAUGUUUCCAAGGCCGAGGACAUUCAGGUCCCAGUCCCGCUAAUUGCUGGCCCAUCCUCUAAGCCUGAACUCGCAAUCAAUACAAAUGCUGAGAACAAACCAGCCGCAGAUGUUGCAGAUGCUCCCGUUAAGAAAGGGAAGCGAAACCGACCAAAGAAGAAAAACAGAGGAAAGCGUGAAGAACCAGAUACCAACGUAGAUGAUGCAGACAACGAAGGAACUAGCGGUUCCGAAGAUGCAUCUGCGUCUCCGGUGGCUAUCAGGUUCGGCACAGACCUCGUUACGGCUUCUAUUGUUACUCCGGAGACUACUAUCACGAUGAUCCCGGUGCCCGGAAAUGCGAAGAGCGAUUUGCCGGCUGACCAGGGCGAUACUCAAGAGCCUAAAGCAAGUGAAGGUGGCAAUAAGGAAGCCACCCGCCCCAUGCUAGAGGAAUACAGGAGAAAGGAUAGCCGUUUUAGUCUUCUCCCAACUCGAAGAGAGCUGACCACUGCGAUUGAGCAGAUGGAGGUUUACACCGUAGUCGUUCAUAGUAGAGCUGCGAAUGAAGUGGUGAACACCAUCAAAAAAAUCACAGACAACCUCAAGGAAGGGGUUCCAGAUUGCCAGCAUUUACGACGCCUCGUUAAGCCUGAGAACCUACCUCCCUCUCUCACCGGCUUGCCUGACAGUUUAUUCAUUGAUUACUCUACGGAAAACCAGUCCCCCAGUGUUAAGGUCAAUCCGGAUGGUACCGUUGAGACAGUCGCAAGAUCUCGUGGGGCGUCGCGAGCACAACGACGCCGCAGGAACGCCUCGUAUCGAAAGGGUGAGAAACCUUUAUAUGUUUUGCUGUGUCCAGUCGUUGCGAUGACGAUCCGCGAGCUAUACGAAAUAUUAUCUCCCCACCCACUCUUCGCCGGAGUUGAUCUUGAUUGCGAAGUCCCCUUCGACUCUCAAGACAUCCCACAAAUUAUCAAACAUACAGUUCCACAAUGGGCUCCCUGUAAUCUCAGGCAAUCUAAUUCCUGGACUGAGAAGUAUUGGCCAACCAUUUACCGCCGUACGAAUCCUUACGGGCCACACCCCUUUCUCACUAAUAAGUGGGAAGAUAAGCUUCAUGCCCCAUAUCCCGUUUUUGAAAUGGACUAUGUUGAAUAUGACGGUAAAGAACUGACUAUGGGGGAGUAUUACAUGCGACUAGCUCGCAAGGUCGCCGAGGAAGGUGAAGUGAGAGGCGCGGGUCUUCGAAUCGGCUGCGUCGUGGUUGAAUUGAAGGAGCGCGACGGCCCUAGGCACGGGAGAGUAAUGGCGGUCGCUCAUGAUGCGAGAACUCAGGCAAACAACCCUCUUGCGCAUGCCUGUUAUCGGGCUAUCUCCCUUGUUGGUAGAAAGAGGGUUGAAGUUACAGCGCGCCACAAGCCGAAGGUCAACAUGUUUUCCCUCAAUGGACCAAACUCUCCAAUGGAAGAUGAUUAUUAUGACAGAGUCCCUGGUGACCCAGAUGGGUAUCUCAUGAAUGAUCUUGUUGUCUUCAUGACUCACGAACCUUGUGUCAUGUGUUCAAUGGCUAUGGUGCAUAGUAGAAUUGGCUGCCUUGUUUAUAGCGAGCCAAUGGUUAGCGGAGGCCUUCACGCUGAUCUUGCACCCGCAGAAGGCCACAGCCUUCCUUUUAGAGGCGUCACGGAUGAGGACGUCACUGACUAUCGCCGCCGCCAUGGUAUACCUGAGCCAGAUAAUCGUCAAAGGCGCACUACCGAAGGGCUGUUCGGGGGUGGAGAUGACGACGCUGGAGCAGAUUCUACUAUCCGUGUCAAGCUACCCGUUGGCAAAGGGAAGGGACGACGUACUGAAGGACAAACGAAGGAACAGUUUAUGAAGGAACAGGUGGCUAGGUUGAAGAAAGAAUGGGCACCAAUCGACCCCUCCCUUAAAACCGAUGAAGCGAUCAUCGAAGCUUGCAAGGACAAAGCCUUCCACAAAGAAAAGAGGAAGUCGGAUAUAUCGUUUUUCCAAGCACUUAGAAGGGCUUUGUUAAACGAGCGUGACAAGCAAGAGGCAGAGGCGAAGACUCAAGCCAGGAUUGCAGCUACGAAAGAAGUCAAUCGCAAGGGUAACACGAUGGACAAAGCUACCCAGACUGCCAAAAUUUUCGACUCCAUUAAUGACGGCGAGGAUUACCUUGGCUCUACCUCAAAUGUCAAAAUCGGAACCUCGGACCCAAGCAAGAAUACCGAGCAAGCUGCAUCAUCGUCAUCAGUCUCCAAAGAGAAUAUGCGAAACUCCGCUGCUCAGACCUCUCAUAUCCCGGAUACUGACCCCUCAGAUAAUGGCAAGUUCGCACAAACUUGUGAUGUCUUUGAUAACCACGCUAAGAACAUGGUUGAUGGAGUCAUCCCUGUCAAGAUCGUUCCUAAAUAUAAUGCAGAUGGGCAAGAACUCUUGAUCGAAGGAGAGUUAACACUGACUAAGGGCGAGGGAGUCAGAGGGAAAUCUUCACGAGAGCACAGCCCAGAGGGCUUUGGUGGCUUAGGCAACAUUGAUAUCGUCGGAGUGAACGAGGAUAGGACCCUAAUAACUACUGGACAGAAUGAAGAUGUUAAGGGAAAGGGUAUAGCCACUGACAUCUCGACCGAGGGGGCUGAACGUGGCAGGAGUAGAAUUCCCGCUCCAUUCAAGCCAGGCACGGGCGAUUUCGUGGCUGUUAAUGUCAGCUACGGCUCACCAGAUCCACAACCUUCCGGAUCGACCCCAGACAACGACUUCACCACUAGCGGUGGCGAAGAAACUGCUGGAACCGGAUGUGAAGAGGAUAGUGACCUCGAUGUCGGAGCGGCUUUCGACCUUAUGACUGUUGAAGUCCCUGAUACCGCUGAAGGUGAUGGUGAGAAAAAGAAGAAGAAGAAGAAGAAGAAGCGAUCUCGUAAGAAGAAGGCCACUACUGAUGAAAACGCCACUCCUGGUAAUGCCGAAGGAUUUGAGAUUGUUGAAGUCAACGAAGAAGGGAAGGAGGUCUCCACUAAGGAAGAGGCCACUAAUGACUCCAACACGCACGGAAGUUCUACCAAUGCCCAAUCCAUCCCAUCUCUAGAUGUCAACGAAGAUGAGAACACCGGUACCGCCUUACCCCAAUCGCGUCCGGUAUCGCCGAAUGCGGAAGCGGAAGCCAAUAAUGACGACAAAGAAGAUAAAGUUACCGAUCCAACCGAGGCCAAAAAAGAAUCCGAGGAAGACCUUGAGCCAGAUGAACUUGUCAGGCCCACACGUCCAUUCCGUUUACUCGAGGAUAAAACCAACUCGAGUUUUCCUAAAUACGACCACAAUCCAGGUGAUGGCUACGGCUUGUUUUGGCGUGAGAAGCUUAACUGGAAAUUUUUGUGCUUCCGCUAUAAGCCUACAGAGGAUGAAGAAGAGUGGAAUGCGGAUAUAGAGUGGCAAGGCGCGACCAAUGACCGCCUCCACGCUUGA